AUGGCACAAGAUACCCCGUACCCGACCGCCGAAAACAUUCGCGGAAUGUUCACUUCAGCAGGCAACUGGGACUACGACGCCUUCUGGUCUCACGUCUCCCCAGACUUUGAGUGGAGUGUCAUGGGCUCCUCCAUAGUCUCGGGGACCUUCCGUGGCAUCGAAGAAUUCAAGGCUAAUAGCAUGGACCGCAUCACGCGCGCUAUGAAAGGCCCAGUCCGGCCGCGGGUGGUCAACAUCGCUGGCGGUGGAGUGCAGGAGUGGGUGGCUAUCGAGUCGGAGUUCGAAGGAGAGUUUAAGAACGGGAGGCCAUACAACCAGUGUUACGCAUGGUUUCUACGAUUCGACAGGCAAGGCAAGGUGGUGCAAGUGAAGGCGUAUUUAGAUACUGCGCUAAUUGACCGAGGACUGGCGGAGAACGAGUAA